AUGGCUGGUUUGGAGUUAGGCUCGGCAUCCCACUUUAUGUCUCAGCUUCAAAGGCCGGACCUCCAUCUCCAGAGGCCCGACGACUCCGAGGAUGAGUCCAACCGCAACCCCCACUUAUCCGCCGACAAUUCCCACCCGGACGCAGCCGAGGCCCGCCGGCCGCGCGGCCGGCCCCCGGGCUCCAAGAACAAGCCGAAGCCCCCCGUCAUCAUCACCCGGGAGAGCGCCAACACGCUCCGGGCCCACAUACUCGAGGUGGGCGGCGGCACGGACGUGUUCGAGGCGGUGGCUGCCUACGCGCGGCGGCGGCAGCGCGGGAUCUGCGUCCUGAGCGGCACGGGCACGGUGGCCAACGUCAGCCUGCGACAGCCCGCGUCGGCUGGGGGUGUGGUGGCCGCACUUCAGGGACGCUUUGAGAUCCUGUCGCUGUCCGGGUCGUUCCUGCCUCCGCCCGCGCCUCCAGGGGCCACCACCCUGGCGGUGUACCUGGCGGGGGGACAGGGGCAGGUGGUGGGAGGGAAUGUGGUGGGCCCACUCAUUGCGUCUGGCCCAGUUAUUAUUAUAGCGGCGUCGUUCACCAACGUGGCGUACGAGAGGCUGCCGCUGGAGGAGGAGGAGACGGCGCCCAACGGGAUUCAGAUGCAGGCACCAGCUUCUGAGGCGAUCACGGGAGGCAGUCACUUUCCAGAUCCCUCGCUGGGGAUUCCCUUUCUGAAUAUGCCCAACGGUGGGCAGCGUCAGAUGGAAGGCGGCUGGGGGAACUCCGCCGGAGGAGGACGGCCACCAUAUUAG